GUCGCCAGCUAAGCUCAAACGGCUCUGCUAAGCUGCUAUCGAAUCACAACACACUAAACAAACUAAACAAUCAGAACUCAUUACGUAUUUCUGAAGGAGGAACUUCAUAGAACAAGGACGACAUCAGCCGGUUUUUAGGGCAAGAAAAACAGCGCCAAACAGAUAAGUAAAUUGUGUGGAAAAAUAUCGCGGUUUUUACAUGUGAAACAUGAACACGUCAUAUUACGCACUGUAAACGCAACCAAAGCUUCAAAAACACAGAAAGAAUGGGACCUUUAAAUGAAGUGCAUUUUUAGAAUGUGUUAUUCAAAAAUGCUUCACCGAGACCACAAGGUUGAAGAAGAAAGAAAAACUUCCUGUCUUGAGUGAAACGCGGCACAUUGCUCUGCAAAAGCUGUUGCACUUUCACAGCAGCAAUGAUUUUUUUGUAAACUGCAAGGCAACAGAUCACAACAGGAAGAAAGAGAAAACAUCAAGAGAAAACAUCUACUGCUUCUGACCGAACUUGACCUUUUUGUGGACAGGACUACAGAGGCUCGAGAAAGACAUCUUCAUAUUGACAUCAUGCCUUCAGCACAAAAGUUUUUAAAAAGUUUCCAUGCAUUUCUGGCCAGCACUGGUGUUUUCAGCUCUUUUCCAUUAAGUCUUUUGUUACUUGGACUGGAGGAGUUGAUUGAAAUAAAGCUUUCAUGCCCCUGCAGUAAUAAUAUGUGGAACCAACUUCUAAUAGCAUCCAUCUUUUUAGGACCCUUUUUCCUUAUAACUGCUUUAAUGUUCAUCCUUGUAAAACCUUGUAGAUAUGAUUACCCUCUGUCUUCUGCAAAAGCAACCCCCACAGCAGUCGAUUCGCGGUCGGAUCCACACCAAAUCAGCACCAGUGUCAACAGACAUGCUGUUGAUGCAGAGAACGGCAGACGGUUGGAGGAUGGAGAGAAUGGCAACAGCUCCGGUGCAGAUUUGAUCUGGCAAAGAAUCAUAUGCUGUCUGACAAAUAAGACUAAAGAUGAUGCGACGAAUAAAGCAAAUGAGGAUGAAGAUGUUCCAAACAAUUUCGAAUUGUUUGCCAAUUGUUUCAUUCCUCCUGUUAUUUGGCUCAUCAUCUUGUUUUUGGAUGGUGAUUAUCUGGCUUGUAGCUUGACAACAUGGAAAGGACAUUAUGUGUUUAAUAAAGAGCUAAACAGAAAGUGGUGUCAACCUAUUGAACACAGCCGUGCUGGAAAUGAGAGUGAUUUACAACACGAAUAUGAGAUGUUUAUUGGCAUUUCUCAGUUCUGGGGUUAUGCAGUGCUCGGAUUCUUAAGUUUUUUGAUCAUUUGCAAAGUGUUACACUUUGACUGCCAGAGAAGAAAACUCAAAUCAACAGUGGUUGUUGAUGCAGGGAAAGCACCAGAUGUUAAUGAUGACAAUAAUGUCAGAAAUGUUAAUAAUGAAAAUAACGGCGUACAUGUUGAUGAUGAAAAUAAUGACGCACAUGUUGAUGAUGAAAAUAAUGGAGCACAUGUUGAUGAUAAAAAUAAUGACGCACAUGUUGAUGAUGAAAAUAAUGACGAACAUCUUGAUGAUGAAAAUAAUGACGAAUAUGAUGAUGAUGAUGAAAAUAAUGACGAGUAUGAUGAUGAUGAAAAUAAUGACGCACAUCUUGAUCCAGUGAAUGUGCCGCUCAGAAAGCUCCCUAGAAAAAAAUAACUGUGACAUUAUUUCCCCUUGAUAAUAGUUCAUAAAUGUACAUUUUUAUGCAGGGAACUAUCUUUAAUCAAAUUUGUGACAAAUAUCAGGUAUUCUAAAAAAUGUGAGAAUGAAGCUCAAAAAGUUUUAAGGUUAUUUUACUAAAACUGAUGAGCAAAUGGACUGUCUGCAUAGAGCAGAUAAAUACAAGGUCAUCGUGCCUGUGGUUUUUAGGUUAGUUAAUUGCUUGAUGGAUAUUAAAGCUUUGCGUGAAAAAAAAACACUUAUUGCUUUUAUAAAACUGCUAUUCCAUAUACCUAGCUAGAUUUAAGGAAAUAAACCAGGCAAAUAAAAUUUUAUUUUACUGCAAAAAGUAUUAUGCUUUCACCAAGUACUGUAGUUUUGAUGUAAGGGCUAAAGGCAUUUCCGAUUGUCAUCGAUGCGACAACGCAAUAGCAAUCACUUAUGAGCAGAGCUUUUUUCAUCAGUGACGAAACAAUUUUUUUACCUUCAGUUAUUUCACACCUGUAAGAUUGGUGGCGCUGAUGAACAGUGAACAUAACAAAACUGAUCAAAACAAAGAGGGAAAUAAAUGUAUUUCUCUACUAGCAGUAUGAGAAAAGCAAAAUUUAUUUGAGUUUAAUAUUGAAUGUACUUAUGCUUAAAGAAGCACGUGAUGUUACAUUGAGUGAUAUUAAACACUGUUUUAUCAUUAUACAUAUAAACAUGAGUUCAGAUGUAAGAAUAUUUUCAUGUUUUUCUGUCAUAUUAUGUCAUAUAUGGUCUGACUUUUAUGGCUGCAUUGUUUCUUGCCCUUUACGUAACAAUAACAUGCUGAAUAAAGAUAUUGCUAAUUAUCCACAUUUAUGUAAAAAGAGCUUUGGUUAUGUUUAUAAAGUAUUCAUGCAAAUCAUAUACAUUUACCCGUGUGACAUUAUAAUGCUAAGUUAAAAUUUUUUAAUUAAAGGAAACAUAA